ACUGUUACUUUGUGUGAAAGCAAGUUAUGUUAUUAAAUUACACAUCUGUCUCUCAACAUUUACUGUUAUUUAUAUGUUGCAGUUUAUGGAAUUUGGCCGUUACAGCUGAGUUGCAAAUAAAAACCUGCAAACUUUCAACUUUGUCAUAGCCAUAGCCCACAGGGUCUUCAUUCUCUACCACCAAUUUUGUAAUACGCAAACAAAAAAAUUUCAUAGCAAACAUAAAGUGGAACUUGUAAUAUAUUUUCUGAUUUUUUCCAAGAUCAAGAAUCUUCAACGAAUAGUGAUUCCAAACAUAUACGCUUGAUGUUACGUUCCAGGUCAAGAGCUGGGUCCAAUGAUUCUGCAAAGAAGAGACAUUCUUCAAUCAUUUCAAGAACUAUUUCAGCAUCAAAGCUUUGCAGAUGUGAUGCUUUGGGAUCACAAAUUGAUUCAGGUGCCCUUGUUGGUCUUGAAAGAAAGUCCCCUGUUAAGCAUCCGUCUCAGACUCCGACCGAUAGACUUGUUGUCAUGCAAGAACAAAUGGAGAAACUUGAGAAGGAUUUGAGACAGACCAGAGAGCAAUUAGGAUAUGUUGAAGAAGAAAAGAGCAGAGCCAUUAAUGAACUUAGUGAGAUGAAACAUCCAGCUCAGGAGGCCAACAUGAAAGCAAGUGAUGGAAUAUCAAGAGAAUUCUAUGCCGAAGUUAAGACUUUGAAGGAAUUGCUUAAUAACAAACAAGAAGAAUCGAAGAUCACAGACAAGAAUAUCGAGUCUUUGAAGUUGGAGCUCGAAAAGGCGAAAAAAUGUGAGCUCAAGUUACUUGAGAAAGAUGCUAGUUUAGGAAAAGCAUUCAAGAUUCGUGUAACGGAUUGGUCGUCCGAUUUUCGAAAAAGGGUUCAAGAAUUAGAAGAUGAAUUGGAGAACAGGAAGUUAUCAGAGUCCAAAAUAUUUGAUGCUUGGUUGUCAAAGACGAGGCAAUUUGAACAAAUCAAGAUUGAACUUGAAGAAUCCAAGCUCGAAAUGAAAUUGGCAAAUGAGGCGGAAGAAAAGAACAGAAAGGCCUUAGAUGAUUUAGCGUUAGCGUUGAAGGAAGUUGCUUCUGAAGCAUCUGAGGCCAAGAAGAAACUUCGUGCUACACAAUUAGAAUUAGGACAAGCAAAAAAAGAGGCUGGAAAUAUGAAAGAGACUAUCAAAAGCACUAAGGUUAGAUACCAAAAGCUUUUGGAUGAAGCGAAAAAGGAAAAAGAAAUAUAUAGGAGUACAGCAGAGCAAUUGAAAUUAGAGGCGGAGGAGUCACUAUUAGCUUGGAAUGGGAAAGAAAUGAGCUUCAUCACGUGUAUAAAAGAAGUUCAGGAAGAGUGA